GUUGUAAUUGUGAUUCAGAACUGUCACAGUUUGUCAUUUUCAGGGUUCCUGAGAAUUUGAGGAUGGCAUUCCCUGUGGAUAUGCUGGAUAAUUGCAGUCAUGAGGAAUUGGAAAAUUCUGCUGAAGAUUAUAUGUCAGAUCUAAGGUGUGGGGACCCUGAAAACCCUGAAUGUUUUUCUCUUCUCAAUAUUACGAUUCCUAUUAGCCUGUCAAAUGUAGGCUUUGUACCUCUUUAUGGUGGAGAUCAGACCGAGAAAAUUCUUGCCCUUUUUGCACCUGAGGACUCACUCACAGCUGUGGCACUUUACCUUGCUGAUCAAUGGUGGGCUAUUGAUGAUAUUGUGAAAACAUCUGUCCCUUCUAGAGAAGGGCUUAAGCAGGUGAGAACUCUUGGGGAGAGAGUGGUUCUGUAUGUUCUGAAUCGGAUUAUUUAUAGAAAACAGGAAAUGGAGAGAAAUGAGAUACCAUUUCUGUGUCAUAGCAGUACUGAUUACGCUAAGAUUCUGUGGAAGAAAGGAGAAGCCAUUGGGUUUUAUUCAGUUAAGCCUACAGGAAGCAUAUGUGCCUCAUUUCUUACCCAAAGCUACCAACUGCCAGUUCUUGAUACAAUGUUUGUAAGAAAGAAAUACCGAGGCAAAGAUUUUGGGCUUCAUAUGCUGGAGGACUUUGUUGAUUCCUUUACGGAAGAUGCUCUUGGCUUGCGGUAUCCACUCUCCUCUCUCAUGUACACAGCUUGCAAGCAGUACUUUGAAAAGUAUCCGGGAGACCAUGAACUCCUUUGGGAGGUUGAAGGUGUUGGACACUGGUACCAGCGAAUACCAGUCACCAGAGCAUUACAGAGAGAAACACUUAAAAUUUCAGCAGUUUCUCAAAAUGAAGCUAAAAGACCUAUGUGUGGAGAGUAUGGUCUUUCAUCUGUUCCAGAAUAUGAAGCAGAAACUGAAGACAAUCAGUCUAGUGAGAUGCAGCUAACUAUUGACUCUCUAAAAGAUGCCUUUGCAAGUACUUCUGAAGGUCAUGAUAAAACACCAGUUUCCACUCGUACUCGAAGUAGUCAUCUGAAGCGGCCAAAGAUUGGGAAGCGGUUUCAGGAUUCUGAAUUUAGUAGUUCUCAAGGAGAAGAUGAAAAAACGUCCCAGACUUCACCUACAGCUUCAAUAAACAAAUUGGAAUCUACUGCACGCACAUCAGAGAGCUCAGAAGAAUUCCUGGAAGAAGAACCUGAACAAAGUGUUAUUGAAUUUGAGGACGAAAGUAGUGAUAAGGAUGCUCGGCCUGCACCAGAAACCCAACCACGUGUGGAAAAGCAAGAUGGCGAAAAGGAAUCUGAAUUAGAGCCUAUGAAUGGUGAGAUAAUGGAUGAUACUCUCAAAACCUCACUUAUAACUGAGGAGGAGGACUCCACCAGUGAAGUUUUAGAUGAAGAAAUAAAAUUGCAGUCUCUUAAUUCCAGCGAAGACUCUACUACUCUUGUUCCACUGGUGGUAGAAUCUUCAAAACCCCCUGACACUGUUGCACAGGAUAAGACCUCACAUAUAACUGACUCAGAAAUGUUGCUGGAUGAAGGCCCAUCUGAUGAAAAGGGGCACACUGAAGAGAAACUGCCGCUAGUUUCAAGAAAGAAAGCACAUUUUGGGAGUUCAGACAAUGUUGCUACUAUCCCAAAUGAAGAACGAUCUGACAGUGGUUUUCCAAACUCUGUGAUAGCUGAAUUUUCUGAGGAAUCAAUCUCUGAAAAUUUAUCACCCAACACUACUUCUUCAUUGGAAGACCAGGGUGAUGAGGGGGUACCUGAGCCCCAGGAAACAUCUACAGCUCUUUCUCAGAGCUCUUUGAUAGAAGUUGAACUUGAAGAUGUGCCAUUUUCACAGAACGCGGGACAGAAGAACCAGUCAGAGGAGCAGUCUGAAGCAUCUUCUGAGCAACUGGAUCAGUUUACACAGUCAACAGAAAAAACUGUGGAUAGCAGCUCAGAGGAAAUAGAAGUGGAAGUGCCUGUGGUAGACAGGCGGAAUUUAAGAAGAAAGGCCAAAGGGCAUAAAGGACCUGCUAAGAAGAAAGCCAAGCUGACAUGAAUGAAGAAGAUAUGCAGAUGAUAAACCCUCCUCUUUGUAACAUUAUUGUUGUUUUUAAAAUAUGGUGAUUAAUAAAUGGCAUGGGGCACAGGGCAAAAAUUCCAAAACUUCACUUUGAACUUAUUUAUGAUGCCGGUUUUCCGUCCCCCUUAGGACCUAGGAUUCACCAUUCUUUUUAAUUUUUCGGGCUAUUUUGUGUAAAUACAAUUUUUUUUUAUUUUUAUUAACCAUGUUUCGACUUUGGGAAACCAGAUCAUACUAUAUUUUCUUUAGCAAUUGGGGACAUCUGACCAUUAAAAUUUGAGAAAAUAUAAAUUAAACUGAAAGUAGUAGGCUUUACAUUACUUGUUAAGGAUCACAGAAAUCUUUUAUACUAUGGAUUUUAAUAGUAAACUUGGUGAGGGUUCUAGAAGUUUUAUCUUAAAAAUCAAAACUAAUCACUUUUUAAAAUGUAGGCAUGUCUAAACAAAAAUGUCAGUAAAUGAAAAUAUACUUCAACUAAAUGAGAGCACAAAUAGAAAUUUAUGGUGAAAGGUUUAUGAAGGUAGUAUUUUGGCCUCUGAAUUCUUAGUUGUGUAGAUGCAGUUUCUUCCUCUGACUUCAGUGUCUGAGGAAAGGUGUAAAAUCUGUUUCCACCUCAGUCUCUAUAACAUAUAAUAUUUACAGUACUGCUAGGGAUUUAACUCUGGCAAGUAGGCACUAAUUAUAAAAUAUCAUUUGAAGCUGGGGACUAUUACUUUUGUCCUCAUCCAAUUAACAUGUCU